AUGGCGCGUGAGCUGCGGACUCUGCUGCUGUGGGGACGCCGCCUGCGAGCGGCGGCGCUGGCGGCCACGCCGGGAGGAACAUCAGUUCUGAAUCCUUGGAGAGCCCCGGUCCAGUCCAGUCGUCCCAGGAGAAACCUGGCUUUGAGCUUCCACAGUGCACGUCCAUUCAGCUCGCAAGCUGCUGAGGACCAGAAGGAGGAGCCCCCACAUUCCAUCAUUAGCAGCACGGAGACCGUACAGGGUUCUGUUUCCAAACAUGAGUUCCAGGCUGAGACAAAGAAGCUUUUGGAUAUUGUUGCCCGUUCCUUGUACUCAGAAAAAGAGGUGUUUAUACGGGAGCUGAUCUCCAAUGCUAGUGAUGCCUUGGAAAAACUGCGUCACAAGCUGGUGUCCGAAGGCCAGACGCUGCCCGAAAUGGAGAUUCACCUGCAGACUGACACUGAGAAAGGCACCAUCACAAUCCAGGACACUGGCAUUGGGAUGACACAGGAAGAGUUGGUGUCCAACCUGGGAACAAUCGCCAAGUCGGGGUCAAAGGCCUUUCUGGACGCGCUGCAGAACCAGGCGGAGGCCAGCAGCAAGAUCAUCGGCCAGUUUGGAGUGGGCUUCUACUCGGCUUUCAUGGUGGCCGACAGAGUGGAGGUCUAUUCCCGCUCAGCCAGCCCGGACAGCCCGGGAUACCAGUGGCUUUCCGACGGCUCCGGGGUCUUUGAAAUCGCCGAAGCUUCAGGAGUUAGAACUGGAACCAAAAUCAUCAUCCAUCUCAAGUCAGACUGCAGAGAGUUUGCCAGCGAGGCCCGGGUUCGAGAUGUGGUGACAAAAUACAGUAACUUUGUCAGUUUCCCCUUGUACCUUAACGGAAAGCGCAUCAAUACCUUGCAGGCCAUCUGGAUGAUGGACCCCAAGGACGUGGGCCAGCGGCGGCACGAGGAAUUCUAUCGCUACAUCGCGCAGGCCCACGACAAGCCCCGCUACACUCUGCACUACAAGACGGACGCCCCCCUCAACAUCCGCAGCAUCUUCUACGUGCCGGAGCUGAAACCAUCCAUGUUUGAUGUGAGCCGGGAGCUGAGUUCCAGCGUCUCUUUGUACAGCCGCAAAGUCCUCAUCCAGACCAAGGCCUCUGACAUCCUGCCCAAGUGGCUGCGUUUCAUUCGAGGUGUGGUGGACAGUGAGGACAUUCCCCUGAACCUCAGCCGGGAGCUCCUCCAGGAAAGUGCUCUGAUCAGGAAACUCCGGGACGUCCUACAACAGAGGCUGAUAAAAUUCUUCGUUGACCAGAGUAAAAAAGACCCUGAGACAUACGCUAAGUUUUUUGAAGAUUAUGGCUUGUUCAUGAGAGAGGGCAUUGUGACCACCGCUGAGCAGGAGGUCAAGGAGGAUAUUGCAAAGCUGUUGCGAUAUGAGUCCUCAGCACUGCCCGCUGGGCAGCUGACCAGCCUCAUGGACUAUGCCAGUCGCAUGCAGGCCGGCACCCGCAACAUCUACUACCUGUGCACCCCCAACCGGCACCUGGCUGAGCACUCACCCUACUAUGAGGCCAUGAAGCAGAAAAACAUGGAGGUUCUCUUCUGCUACGAGCAGUUCGAUGAGCUGACCUUGCUUCACCUCCGUGAGUUUGACAAGAAGAAGCUCAUCUCCGUGGAAACGGACAUCGUUGUUGAUCACUACAAGGAGGAGAAGUUUGAAGACAAAUCUCCAGCUGAUGACCGCCUGUCAGAGAAGGAGGCGGAGGACCUGAUGGCCUGGAUGAGAAAUGUGCUGGGGUCGCGUGUCACCAACGUGAAGGUGACUCUUCGCCUGGACACCCACCCCGCCAUGAUCACCGUGCUGGAGAUGGGGGCCGCCCGGCACUUCCUGCGCAUGCAGCAGCUGGCCAAGACCCAGGAGGAGCGCGCUCAGCUCCUGCAGCCCACCCUGGAGAUCAACCCCAGGCACAUGCUGAUCAAGAAGCUCAGCCAGCUGAGAGAGAGUGAGCCUGACCUGGCCCAGCUGCUGGCUGAUCAGAUCUAUGAGAACGCCAUGAUUGCAGCAGGGCUGGUCGAUGACCCCCGACCCAUGGUGGACCGCCUGAACAACCUGCUGGUCAAGGCCCUGGAGCGACACUGA